AGCGCGUGUGAACGUGCGUGUGAAUGUUUCUGACUGGUCUUCAUUGCUUUCUCUUUCCAAGCUUCCAUAGUGACGGUAAUUCGGCUGGUCAAUGAUGCAGUCGACACGAUUGAGAAUGAAGUGUCCGUUAUGGAUCAAGGUCAAAACUUCAACAGAGCAUACCACUGGGACACUUCCGAUUGGCUGCCGAGCAUACACUUACCAGACAUCGAGGAAGUCCCCACCUAUGAGACGGGUGAAGUGGGUGUGGCCUUAGAAUCCGACUAUUACCUUGGCGGAUUCGAUAUCGACAGCGACUACCCGCCUCCUCAGGAGGAGGAGUUUAUGUCCCAGGACCAGCUGCCUCCGCCCCUUCCCACAGAGGAAUACGACACCUCACCCGCCAAUCAACCCGUCUCCAGGGAGAGCACUCUGAGCGGGGACCGCAAGCCCCGCCCACACUUUCACCCCAGCCAAUACCUGCCUCCGCAUCAGCUGCCACUCGGCUCUGCGGGGGAGGAGUUUAGCACUUUUACAGGCAGGGAGGAGCAUCUGUCCGUCAACGCCUCCUCUGCCUCCGACGUUUCCUCCGCGCCCUGUGGGUUUGAAGACUCUGAGACGGGAGGAAGCUUGGAUAGUUUGGAGGACACACACAUGCACCCGCAUACGCAGCAGACUGAGGUCUGAUACGCCACCGCGAACUACAGACGCAGUUAGUGACGUUAACAGGACGUGUUUUUCCCACAUAAAAGACACUAAACUCUUGCGUCUGUCAGAGUUUGUGAGACGGAUGCAGCAGAUUCGGUCUGAGGACAAACUCUCAGUGCUGCCCUCUGCAUGAGCAGCUCAAAUAUUAAAGCACAGGAAGUGGCCGGAAGUGAUGUCAUGGGUGGGGACCAGACGACUAAAGCAACAAGAAGCGUCAUAGUGAACGGAGACCAAUGAUCUGUAGACGUGUUUUCAGAAAUCGCCUGGUGCACUUCAUUGUUCCGUCCAGUUCCUGAUUUGUUUGGUGCUGUCCUUUGUGUGUUUGAAAUCUGGAUCUGUCUUAAAACCUAGUGAACCGCCUACCUAGACGAUAAUAUGCUGCCUUCUAUGAUACAAAUUGUAAGUUUAAAUAUUUUUAUUUGGAAUUUCAUGAAAUAAAAUCCUUUCUAAUGACAUCUUUUAGAUUAUUAAUGCAAGAACAAAACUUACAACUACAUACAAUAAAGAAUGACAAUAAACAAAAUCCUAAAAG